UUCAUCGCCCUCUCCUCCUCCUCCUCCUCCUCCUCCUCGUCCGACUCGCCCGUCGCCACCAUGUCUCUGGAGCAGAAGACCACCUUCGCCCUGGUCAUCUUCCUCUUCGUCUUCCUCCUCAUCCUCAUCGUGAGAUGCUUCCGCAUCCUGCUGGACCCGUACCGCAGCAUGCCCACCUCCACCUGGGCUGACGGCCUGGACGGGCUGGAGAAGGGCCAGUUCGACUACACACUGGCCUGA